GACCUAUCUCCAAGGAGGCAGAAGCAGACCUGCACUUCUCCUACUCCCUCUCUUCUUCUCAGACUUGUAACUUCUCCCAAACCGACUAAAACCUCCCCCUUCUGAUUUUAGGGUUUUUGUUUAUCAUUUUUGCUUAGCUUCAUCCAAUUUAUAUACACAUUGCAGAAACGAUUGAUUCUUUGAAUUUGAUCUUCACUUCCCAAAACGAUCUACCAGAGAUCGACGACAUGAACUCGGAUUUUGAAAUGGCGGAAUUGAUGCAUCGUCAGAAGCCGGCGAAGAAGAAAUUCAUGGCGGAAAACGCUUCGUCUCCGUCGUUAUCUUCUUACUUCCCGGUAAACUCAAGCCAUACUCUUCUCCAGCAAGCGAAUCCCUUCCCUUUCACCCAACCGUUCUUCCAGGAACACCAUUUCGUACCGCCCUUCUUCGACCCGGUUCGCGAGCACAGCAACAGUAGUAAUCUGCUGCUUCCUUUGAGCUUCAAGCUUGGGUCGUCCGGUGACGAGAUCGGCCAGAGAAACAAGGCGCUGGGCUGCGCCCGCGCCGGAGACGACGAUACUCCGUUACAUCGCAAUUGCCACGGCGGCGGCGGCGGCGGUGGUUCGCCGGAUGAUGCGAUGAUUCAGUGUUGGGAAAACCAAGAAGAUUCCGCGCUUAAGCAACGUUUCUGCGGUGUUUUGAACUCUGGAUCAUUUUUAAGAGAUGAGAGUGCACGACCAUUCAUGUCAAUCAAGCUGAUUACAGAGAAGCCCCUGAGUACAGAAUUUCCAAAUGGGAAUGAGAAGGAAUGCCCCAAAGAGAAUGAUGAUGAGGAAAAUAGGAAAGAAGAAGAGAUGAGUCGCCAUGAAACUGAAGAGAAGAACAAAUUUAGCUUCUUUGAUGGGGAGCUAGAAGCCAUAUAUCGACAGGCAGACAUUGCAGAGACUGCUCAAACGGCGUCUGGCUCAGCCCUCACCGCCGAGAACUUCCCCGCUAGUGCUAGUCUCCAUUCCCAAAUCCCAGAUAACAACGCAGCGAAGGGAAGAAAGGAAAGGAAGAAGAGAAAGUUGAAGAAGAAGAAUGUGAAUGAUGAGUAUAGGUCAAUGGGAGAAUUGUUUGAGAGUUUGGUGAAGAGAGUGAUGGAUCACCAAGAAGAGCUUCACAGCAGGUUUCUGGAGACAAUGGAGAGGCUGGAACGCGAAAGGGUGGGGAGGGAAGAAGCUUGGAGGAAGCAAGAAGUGAUGAAUCUGGAACGCGAAGCUAACGAUAGAGCCAACCAGAAAGCCUUGGCUUCAUCUAGAGAAGCUGCCAUUCUUUCCUACUUGGAGAAAAUCACUGGCCAAAAGAUCACCCUUCCUAGUUCCACCUAAACACCCUUCAUUAUCAACUCACUAAACCAAAAGAAAAGAAAAGUGGGUAAAUGUGACCAUAAAUAUAAUAUGUGCAGUCCAACUAUCAGCUUAGACUUUUAGUUGAGAUGUAGCACAUGCUUUAGUUGUAGCAUCAAGAAAAUGGACAGAAACCUUAGCUCACCCAAAUUAAAGUUGGUAUGUAUCUACUAAUCGAUCAAAGCAUUAUAUAUAUAUUGUUGGGUGGAAUACAGUAGAAGAGUUGGUGCAUGCAUGGAGAGCCGUCCGAUCCCCAAGCAACGUUGAUUCAGUAGCAAGUUAGUAAUGGGUUAGAUGGAGAUGAUCAGAUGACAGAAAUCUGGCAUGCAGGUUAGAUUAAGUAUAUAUAUGCAUGUCAGGUAGAUUAAUAAUGUACGUUACUCAACCCGAAUGUUGUCGCGAUAUAAUGAAAUCAGACAUCAUAUGCUUGAUGUAUGGGUUCAUUACAUUAACAUUUGAUUGA